AUGACAGAAGUAUCGUUUGCCAGGACGUUUCUCACGUCGCUCGACUCGCGGCCAGCCAACCUCUCGCCGGACCACGUCGAAGAUGCCCGAAACUUUCCCGCUCGUCCUCCCUACAUCCUCCCGCGCAUGCCCACCGAGAUGAGCCGCCCCCUUGGCGGGGGCGCCCGCGGCCCCGCGCCUGGCCAGGAGCGCAGCGUCACCGUCACGCUGCGCUCGCUGCGCAACCCGCCGCUCGACAUUAAGCUGGCUGCCCAGGCCCUCGGCACGUCGCUGCUCGACGUCAAGCAGGCGGCCGCGGCGCGCGCGCGUAUCCCCGCCGACAAGCUCAAGAUUCUGUACAACAAGCGGCCGCUGCCGGACAGCAAGGUGCUCAGCGAGGUGCUCGGGGACGACCCGCCGACGGCGGUCGUGUUCAGCCUCAUGGUGAUUGGGGGUGCCGCGGCGGUGCUGCCCGAGGAGGCGGCGGCGGCGGCGCUCGAGGUGGAUGAUGGGUUGUCGGUCAAGGCGAAAAAGGGCGCCGCGGCCGUGGAACAGCCCCAGUUCUGGACAGACUUAAACGGGUUUCUGAUGCAGAGGGUCAAGGAUGAGGAGACGGCGGCGGAGCUGACGACGGUUUUUAAGAACGCCUGGGAGUCGAACAAAGCAAAGCCCUAG